AUGAGUUUCGCAGAAGAAGGAUCGUUUUAUGAGGAAACGCACGAAGCAAGUUCUAAGGAGGAAAAAUUUAUGGAAGCUACGUUUGAUGAUAAAAGAUAUGUCGUUCGAAGAAUGUCAUUCGAAGAAUCAUUUGAAACGUUUGGAGCAAUUUCGAGCGUCGAAGAGCCGAUCGAAGCAUCGUUCUUUGAAGAACAUUUUGCCAGUCCAAAGGAGAAUAGAAGUAAACUGGAAAGACUACUCAACGAGGUGUCGAGAAAUUUCCAACCUUUCGUGGUGAUAGGAGAAAUUAAAGAGAGAUUCGCAAAAAAGCUUAAUCAGCAAGGUAUCCCUGUGAAGGAAUUUGAUGACUUUAAUCUUGGUAUAAUGGGAGUUCUUAACGGUCUCGAUAAAGGUGAUUAUAUUGUUGUUUUGUGUUGUGGGUCACCACGUUUAUGUAUGUAGUAAAGCUUCUAUAUUCGACUGACAAACACAGUUCAGUUUAAUCGAGUCCCCACUCGACAAUCUGGCGCCCGUGUUGACAAAAAGUCGCUUGCUAUAGUUUCCUAUAGUAUCAAACUAAACCGUCAAACGACUCAAACAAGGAUGUGAGUCAAUGACUCUCAGCUAGCAUUUUACCACCAACGCUCAUUGACUCUUAUGCACACUCUCAUCAAUUUCAAACCAGUUCAUAUUUUGAUGACAAUUGACGAGAACUGGUAAUAUCCGGUAAUAUCCAGUCAACUCUUGUUCUCGUUUGACCGUGGUAUAAGUAUCACACACGACCCCAUCGUGUUUAAAUAAAUAUUAUGAAUGAAUGAAUUCAAAUGCCCUCUCAUUAUCACUUUGAAUUGUGUUGUGUUUUGCUUUUCAACCACUCGCAUCAUAAGUUUACACGAUGAUGACACUAUUGUUUUUUUUAUAUUCUUGAAAUAAAGGAUUUCCUGAUAAUUAAAGUGAUGUAUUUUAAUUCAAAUUAUAUAGGUGACCCAGUUGGGAAGUUCCUUCGCCAAGCGUAUAUUGGAUGCUUUCAAUGUUCCUUGUGUCUGCAGAGCGAUCGCGAGCUCAAAACGACAAGCGAGUUGUUGGGACACCAUCUAUCAAACGCAAUGAGCGUACUCAGAUAUGUGCUAUCAAAACAAGGCAUCUCGAUACCCGAUAGCAGUUCGGAGAAAAUGGAUUAUGAUGAAUGCAAAUUGAAUCAUCUGACUCAUCUUACAGACUCGUACUUGCAGCAGACAUGCAAGUCAAAGCUGGAAAAGUGCGACUACGAGUUUUUGCGAAGACACUUACAGUUAAUUAAGGAUUUCGAAGUCGUCAGUGAGAUAGACUUCGCUUUGAGGCAUCUUCGAGAUGAAUUUGAAGAGCUUCGAAGGCACCCAAAUGAAGUUAGCCGUCGCUUGAAUAACUUUAUGCUGUUUAGCGAAUUGGAGGAGACUACUGAUUUGUCCACGUGCUGCUGUUAG